UUGUAUGUGCCCAUAGCAACGUUGGAAAAUGAGACGUAUACUACCCCGUACAGUGGGGGGCGGCAUGGAACUGUAACGUUUGUGGGCAGCCAUAAUACCAUAGAAGAAGCUUCGUUUGCUGCUUGUUAGAGCUAGCUAACGGACUAAUAACGUGUCCAUCGUUAUUUCAAAGACCGUUGGCAUAUUUUCGGUUUUAUCUACUCAUUCACCACCGGCCUCACCUUGCAUCCUCAAAAAUGGCUGACCCCAAAUACGCCAACUUGCCUGGAAUCGCGUCCAACGAGCCAGAUGUAUAUGAGACCAGCGACCUGCCAGAAGAUGACCAGGCACAGUUUGAGUCGGAGCUGGAAGAGCUGUGCAGUGACAGUGUGGAGAGGAUCGUGGUCAACCCUAAUGCAGCCUACGACAAGUUCAAGGACAAACGCGUCAGUACUAAAGGACUCGACUUCUCAGACCGUAUCAGUAAGAACAAAAGAGUGGGCUAUGAGUCGGGAGAAUAUGAGAUUUUGGCAGAGGGCUGUGGGUUGAAGGAAACUCCCCAGCAGAAGUACCAGCGGCUGGUCAAUGAGAUCCAGGAGCUCAGUCAGGAGGUGGAAACUAUCCAGGCGACCACGAAGGAUAGCAGUGCGGAGGAGCGUCUGACCCCAGUAGUCCUAGCCCAGCAAGCUGCCCAGCUCAAACAGCAGCUGGUCUCUGCCCACCUGGACUCUCUGCUGGGACCACAGGCACAUAUCAACCUAGCUGACCCAGACGGAGCACUGGCCAAGCGUCUGCUAACCCAGCUGGAGGCAGCGAGGAGCAGUAGGGGGAGUACAUGGGAGGGGAAGGCCCCAGCAACAGCUAAAGGUCCUGAUGGUGUGGUGCUCUAUGAGCUGCACAGCCGGCCAGAGCAGGAGAAGUUCACCGACGCUGCCAAAAUGGCAGAGCUGGAGAAGCGGCUUGCAGAGCUGGAGACGGCUGUGGGCUCUGGAUCAGACAAACAGGGUCCUCUGAGUGCUGGGGUGCAGGGAGGCAGUCUCAUGGACACCAUGGAGCUGCUGCAGGCGAGGGUCAGUGCUCUGGACUCAGCCACUCUGGACCAGGUAGAGGCCAGACUGCAGAGUGUCCUUGGGAAGAUGAAUGAGAUUGCAAAGCACAAGGCAGCCAUCGAAGAUGAUGACACACAGAACAAGGUGUCUCAGCUGUAUGACGUGGUGCAGAAGUGGGACGCCAUGGCAACCUCUCUGCCUCAGGUGGUGCAGAGGCUCAUGGCUGUCAAAGGGUUGCAUGAACAAGCCAUGCAGUUUGGUCAGCUGCUGACCCACCUGGACACCACCCAGCAGAUGAUCAACAACUCUCUGAAGGACAAUGGAACACUGCUCUCACAGGUGCAGACGACCAUGAAGGAGAAUCUCCUGUCUGUAGAAGAAAACUUUACUGCCCUGGACCAGAGGAUGAAGAAGCUCAACAAAUAAAUCUGCUUAUUUUAAAAAAUGUCUGUCGGUAGAGUUUGGAAAAUGUAGAAGUAGGAGAGGGAGAGAUUGGAGUCUUUCCCACUUCUCUCCCUGUCUGUCUUCUUCUCUUCCUCCACCUCUGCCAUUUUCUCUGGAGAGCGUAUAUUCUCCACACAGAACAGGCUACUCAGGCAAAUGGUGCUCAUUUUAAUAAAGUUAGAUUAAAGCUCAAUCAUCCAAGAUCACAUAAUGAUCACAGUAUUCUACAUAACAGAACCUAAUAGAAUAGCAUAGUAUAACAUUACUGUGAAACACUAGGCGGACCACAUUCAAUAGUAAAGGAUUAUUCUUCAAGUUUUACAGGUGAAACAUCCAUGCAGCAUAUUUCUGCAUAGUAACCAUUUGAUCUCGAUCAGUUUCAUAGGUAUAUGCAUUUAGGUGUUCUUGAGUUAUACAGUGUUUCGAAGUAGCCUAGUGUUUUGAAUGAUGUAUAGUGCAUGAAUUUUAGAUCAGAUGGUGUUAACUGUAGUCUACCUGUGUAUUUUGCCUAGUGGCGCAUGCUGUUGAAUUUUGUCCGUCACUUAAAUGCGGUGGUGUUUUUGUCUUACAGUAAUGUUUUACUAUGCUUUUAAAAAGUUGAAGUCGGAAGUUUACAUACACCUUAGCCAAAUACAUUUAAACUCAGU